ACACUCUACAGAGAGAGUCUAUGUAGGAACUGUGUUAGUGUUCUAGGAACCUAGAAUUUUCUUGGAUAAACCAACAAAACUUGCAGAGAGUAAGGUUUGUUCAUACAUUAAUUUUUUUUUUUUUUUUAGUUUCUUAAUCCUACAUUGUAAUUCAUCAGUAUUCCACGCUACCUGGACAGCUAAGUUUUAGAUUGAGAUAGAGUGAUCUCAUAGACAGAAAAAUUAAAAUGGGUCUUCUACACCUGCAUAUAUUAGACACACGCAAACAAAAUUACAAUACGAGUGGCUGGAAAAUAUUUAGAUUAUUCUUGUACAUGCCAAUACAUUGAUUGUAAUACAUGGGUUGAAACCUGAUAAAUAUUGCUUUUAUUUUACUACAUGCAGCCCAUAUUUGUUAAAAUAAUUUUAGCACGGGCUCAUCCAAACACCCUGUACUUAUGGCUUUUAUUCAGUUUGUUAAUUGUAUUUCUAACUAUUGAGAUGCCAGAUCUUCAUAACUGUUAAAACCUUUUCAUUGGGAUAACAACUCCUUCUUCUUAGCAGUCAUAUAAAAGAUAUUAAAGAACAUGACUUUCUAUGGAAAGACCAGCUUUUUCUGCUGCAAAAUAAAGCACAUGGAAUGUAAGAUCAGUUGUAGCCACACCUGUCAAUUAAUAGUCUACCACAGUAUUUCCUUAUAUUCAAGGCAAUUCCACACGGAACCAGAUGAUCUAAAAUCUGGCAAAAGUCCUUUUUCUAAAACAGUAUAUAUAGGAGAGACUGUUCCUCUACUUACUUAUACAUGUUAUUCCCUAUUAUAUUCAGCGCAACAAGGAACUGAACAGAGGAGAGAUCUGUAGGCCCGGAUAGAGACAUUUCUAAUGCUUUUAUGGCUACUAUAAAAAUGGCUGUAGCUCACAGACGUUGGAUGCAACUAUCUGGAAUGUUAUUCUCUUUGCUAGGGUGGGUUUUAACUGGUUCCUGUAAUUACUUGCCAGACUGGAAAAAUCUCAGCUUUGAUAUAAACGAACUGGAGACCUGGACCAUGGGACUCUGGCAAACCUGUAUAGUCCAAGAUGAAACUGGAAGAACACAAUGUAAGGAUUUUGAUUCUUUUCUGGCUUUGCCUGCAGAGUUCAGGGUUUCCAGAAUUUUAAUGUGUACAUCAAAUGUGCUAGGAUUUCUGAGUCUCCUGCUCUCUUGUUUUGGUUUGGACUUCCUGAAGAUGAGAGACACACAACAGCAACUCAAGAAAGGACUGUUACUGUUUGGAGGAAUAAUUUUAUGGCUAUCUGGAGCUUUGACCUUAGUUCCAGUUUCUUGGGUUGCCCAUGUUAUAAUACAAGAAUUUUGGGAUGAGGAUAUCCCAGAGAUUGUCCCCAGAUGGGAAUUUGGGGAUGCACUAUUUACUGGCUGGUUUGGUGGAUUCUUUAUAUUUGUAGGAGGGUCAAUACUUACGUGCACAGCCUGUUCACCUACAGAUCCUCCAUCAUCAGAACGUUACUCAAUGGCAGAAAUGCAGGAUAUUCAUCAACACUUGGAAACUGAAUACUGAAGCCUUUGGAGAAGGGUAGCAAGUGCUACCAGCUUCUUCUAAUAUUCUAACCCAAGAUAAGAUGCCUUUCAGUUCAAGAUUCAGAGGUUUACGUUAAUAUGCAGUGACUACCCAGAAGAUAAUCUCUCUCCUUCCUUUUCUUCUUUUUUCAUUUUUUAAACUUUUGUGCCUUGACCACUUUAAAAUCCAUGUUCUUCCUGCAAGUCUGGUAAACUCAUUUUUAAUCUAAAUUUUGAUUUUAUUUUAUUUCUACAUUAAUGAUCUAUUUACUUUGAUGGUGUCUAUCUAUGGUAGAGCUUUAUAAUCAUUGCAGAUUUAAUGGAAAAGCCUGGCACUUUCUAGUUUUAAGAAUGUGAGGUAAAUUUUUAAUGUCCUGAGCAGUUUGUGUCAAAUGGCCAAGUUUAAUUUAACCUAUGAAAAUAGAAAAACAUCUCAGUAACUCUGGCACCUAACUCUUAGUGACUCAUGUUCUUAGUUUUGCUUUUUUUUUUAAACCUAAUUUGGUAAGAAAGGGGUGAAUUUGUUGUGCCCAGAAAGAACAGGCAAGGAAGCUCAGUGCCCCUCAAACAUUUUAAGCAAAGCCAAUGGAGCUGACUCCCAGGUGCUGUAAAUUUUCAAGAUCCAUCACUUUGCAUGGAGCUAUGACCAUUUGCACCAUGUGAAGAUCUACCUCAGAUGUAAAUGAUCUCUUGGGCUGAGGUGAGACAGAGGAGGGGACAAAAGCAACAGAGGUUCUGGAUAAACUCAUCUACAAGUUGUUGAAAUCCUGUCUUAAGAAUCAGUAUAUUUUUAAUGCUCCCAUUUUACAUAUUCCAUAGUUAUAGGCAUCACAAAAGCACCACACGUACAAACACACAGCACAACAACUCAUACUCACAAGAGACCCAGGUGUCUUGCAUGAGUGUGAAAGUCACUGUCUUUCCUGGCAGUCGCAUUGGCUGUUCACUUUAUAUCCAUUGAAGAACUGAGUUUAAGUGAGAAACUGAGAACGCUUCUGCUUUGAGCCUAAGAACUAUGUGCAAUUUUUUUAAAUAGUCCUAGCAAUUAACGUUUCUGAAGCUGACAAAUACUAAGCAAACAUCUACUUCUGCAGUGACUGAGCCAGCAAUUAGAAUGGACAAAAAAAAAACAGUAAGUCAGUGCAACAGCUUUGUUAAAAAAUUGUAUUUUUUUCCAAUCACUGAAACACAUGGAAAGUGCAGAGACAAAAAUUCAUCUACGUGAUGUAGUUGCAUACUUUGUUAUAGACAAAACAGAAACACAUUCGGAAUAUAACCUGAUUAAAUAUUUAGUUCAGUCCUGAGCAUUUGAUAUUUAAUAUAGUAUAAACAUUGCAAUAGUAAAAAAAAAAAAUUAAAAUUAAUUUGAUUUGUUUCGUUUUACAAUU